AUGUUUGCAGCUGCUACUAAGAACUUUGUUAAACAAGUAGGGGAUGGGGGAAGAUUGAUACCUGUCCCAAGCCUAAGCGAAGCUGAUAAAUACCAGCCCCUCAGCAUUGUAAUAAGGAAGAAGAGAUGUGCUCUUUCAAGAAAAACCAAGUUUAUUUCAACACCUCUUACACUGAAAGAUAUUCUCAAUGGAGACAAAGAAAUUUCUGCAGGUGUCAGUUCAUACCAGUUGCUGAAUUAUGAAGAUAAAUCGGAUGUGUCAUUUAACAAAAGGCAAGGAAAUCAAAUCAUGAAUGAUGUUGGAAUUAAUAUUUAUGGGUCAGACUCUGUUGCAGUCAAUUCUUCAUUUGGUAUUGUAACCAAACAUGAGGUUGAAGUCCCUGCACUCCUGAAGGAACUAAUUUCCAGAACAAUUGAUUUAGACCAUUGUUUAAUCAGACAAGCUAGAGAAAGUGGAAAAGAAGUUUUAUGUGUAGUGAUGGAAAGCAUCCGGACAACACGCCAAUGUUCUUUAUCUAUCCAUGCUGGAAUGAGAGGAGAGGCUAUGAGAUUUCACAUUAUUGAAGAUAAAAAUUAUAAAGGACGUGACAAAGCUAUUGUAUUUCCAGCACACACAACUAUUGCAUUUAGUGUAUUUGAUCUCUACAUUCAUCUUGAUGGUCAUUUUGAGUUUUGUGUAUCAACAACUGCAAAAGGAGGAUUUGAAAAAGAGCCAAGCAGAUCAUUUUCAUUAAACACUUUACGGAACAAUUUAUUUAGAUCUGGGAUUUUUGGAAAAAGGACAAUGGAUAUUAUGGUUAAUGCAGAUUCAUAUAUUGAUGACAUUUUCUCUGACUAUUAUGAAAAAGCUGCAAGCAUGACUGACAUCUCCACAACAUAUAUGCGAGAGGGAGCUCACACUCGCGUUAACCUGCUUAAUAACAACAUCCCAAAAGGUCCAUGUGCUCUCUGUGGGAUGGGAAACUCUAAACGAGAGACUGUGUAUGGAUGCUUUGAGUGUUCUUCCAGUGGACAGAAAUAUGUUAGGCUGCAUGCUGUACCUUGUUUUGAUCUUUGGCAUAAAAGAUUGAAGUAAGACAUAGUAGACUUGUGCCUACUGGUUACAACUCAGGUAUAACUGUGCCACAUGUUAAGUAAUAAAAAAAGGUAAAAUAAAAACAAAUAAAAAAAAAAAAACAUGAAAUUAACAUAUUAACUAAAAACGUCUAAUUUAAUGAUUGAUGUAUCAGGUAAAGGUUUGGAGUGGUGAUUUCACAAACAUUUCCAAGAUCCCCAAUUCAUUUGUUCUAAUAAAAAUUGCAUUCAAUAAAUAAAUGAGAAUGUGAAAGCUUUAGUCAGAGGCAUAACUAGAAACCACAGGGCCCACGUGCAAUAAUCUAAGAAGGGCCCCCCACCUUACCUCCCCCGCAAAAAAGGUGAAUUUGAUACAUAUCUUUUUUUUUUUUUUUUUUUUUUUUUUACAUUUAACACACACACAAAAAAUGUGAAUCAGAUUACAUGUCUGCAAAAGGAGGUACCCUGUGCCCACAGUCUGUGAGAUGGUCUGACCCCCUAUUAGUGUAUAUAGUGACACUGUUUAACCCACCAGUACUGUAUAUAGUGAGUUAGUGACACAGUCUGUAAUCUGCUGGUGAGAUGGCUGGCCUGACCCUACCCACCCCAGUACUUUAUAAAGUGACCACAGUAGUCUGUGACAUGGUCCAUCCCCCCAUACUGUAUAUAGUGGUACUGUAUAGUGACACUGUUUACCCCCUGCCCCCCAUGCCGUAGUAACAAGGUCUGUAAUUUGUUGGUUCCACAAACAUACACACACAUACAUGCAUAAAUACACACACAGUCACAUACACACAUACACACACACAUAAACACCAAUAGGUAAAACAGAAACACUAACCCCUGUAGUAAGAGACACUAGUGAGGCAUCAUGUCACACUUACAUGAUAUCAGUGCAGGCAGUGGCAGGUCAACGUUUUUAAGCUGGGCCCCCACCCUCAGGGGCCCAGUCGCAGUUGCGACCUC